CUAGGCAUCCGCAAGCGCAGCAAGCAAGCUAGACGCGAUCGUAUAACUCGCCCCACAGCCUAAGAAUUGCUGUUCGUGCAGCACCUGCACCGUGCACACAGAGCACGCAAAGCACUGCAUCGCUACGCGACAUUUAGACUCCUAAUACAAAGAGGAGGCUGCUGCUCUCAUUACACCCGCAGCUCCAACCAGCGCGCACACCAAUACCGGGAGCAUCGCUCGCAGCCGAGCCCUCAUCUCACUGUGCAGCAGCGAUGGCCGACGAGUUCGACGCCGACGUUCUCGUAGUCGGCGCCGGCUUCGCGGGCCUCGGCGCGGCGCGGGCGCUGCAACGGGCGGGGAAGAGUGUUGUUGUCGUCGAGGCCACGGGUGUCGCCGCCUGUGUGGAAAUCGAAUUUACGGCGCAUUCACUGCUCGAUGGCGUGGCGAUGCCGGUUCCUCACCGCUCGACGGAGCCAGCGCGGCCACGUAGUCGCCGAGAAAUGACUUAGUGACGAAUUAUCGUGCACCCGACACACUGGUUGAUUUCCACACAGGUCGUCGGCGGCCGGGCGCGGCGCGGGCGGCUCGAGGGUCUGGAGUUCGCCGCGGGCGCGGAGUACGUGCACGGCGCCGCCGGCGAGGUCCUCGACCUCCUGAAGCGAGCGAAGGUCGACGUGGAGACGCGCGCGUGGCCCGCGACGUACUGGCUCGGCCGCGAGCGGCGCCACUUCGACGCGGACGGGGCGCCGGCCGAGCUCCGGGCCGCGCACGACGCGUUCGACGCCAUCGAGGAUGACCACGCCGCACACGAGUCCCUGCUGCAGUACUUCGUGCGGAAGGGCGUCAAGUCGCGCUGCCUCGACGUCGCCGACGCCGUCUACGCGAACGACUACGGCGAGAGCGCGUCGGAGCUGGGCGCCGCCGAGGUGGCCCACGAGCAGAAGCACUGGACGGGCGGCGAGGACUACUUCGUCCUGCGGAACGGCACGCUCGCCGACGCCGCGGCCGAGCUCGCGCGGGGUCUCGACGUGCGCCUCGGCUGGCCCGUCGCGCGCGUCUACCGCGACGCGGCCGGCGCGAGCGUGCGGAGCCGCCGGGACGAGAUGCUGCGCGCGCGGUGCUGCGUCGUGGCCGCGCCGCUCGGCGUCCUCAAGAAGGGGGCGCCGGCCUUCUCGCCGGCGCUGCCGCCGGCGCACGCCGAGGCCAUCCGGCGGCUGCCGGUGGCGAACGCGCUCAAGGUCGCCGUGGCGCUCGACCGGCCGGUCUGGCCGAGCGGCUGGUGGAACGCGGUCUGCGGCGACGCGCUCUUCCCGGAGGUCUGGCGGUCGGGCGAGCGCGUCGUCGUGGGCUUCGCGACGGGCGCGCGCGCGGACGCCGUCGCCGCGCUGGGCGCGCCGGCGGCGGCGCGGGGCCUGCUCGACCAGCUCGACGCCAUGUUCGGCGCGCGGCGCGCGACGGCGGCCUGCGUCGGCACGGCGAUGGCCGACUGGGGCGCCGAGCCGGAGUUCCGCGGCGGCUACACGUACCCGUCGCCGGGCUGCCUGCCGCUGCGCGCGGCGCUGCGCGCGCCCGUCGACCGGCUCCUCUUCUGCGGCGAGCACUGCACGGUAGGCCUCGACCCGUGCGUCCAGGCGGCGCUGGCCGACGGCGAGCGCGCGGCGGCCCUGGCGCUGGAUCGCCUGGCCGGUGCCGAUCCGCCGCCGCCGCCCGGGUAG